CAGGACAGCCCCCUGACCACCGCGUUGAAGAGGGCCACGGAGUCGGGGGUGAUCGACGUCCCCAAGGAGCUGCUGGACCCCAUCGUGGAGCGCGGCAAGGAGUUGCACCCGCUGGCUUAGGCAGAGGCGCAGGACCAUCAGCGGCAACGGGCGAGGGCGUGAUGGGCAGGGGUGCGCCACAGAUGUUCCAGAGUGGCAAGGGCGGCGCGGUGGAUGAUAUCGACCUGGUGGACGCGGUGAUCUCGCUGCAGAAGCUGGGGCUGAGGAGGGCGAUCAUGAAGGUCUUCGAAGAGGCGGACGCGGUCGUGGGACAGGGACAAGGUCCGCCCAAGGGCCCAAGGGCGAGCUCGCCGCCAGGGUCGUGGAACGGCAGUUGCGCGGGCUCCAGCAGCAGAAGUACUAGGAAGAGAGGCUGCCAGCAACAUCGUCCACCUUGAGCGGCUACGGACCAUGGCAGGAAAUGGCAGCAUCCAUGCCCAGCGUAUGCAAUAUUUUGCGUUGCAAGUUGGGGGGGCUGCGCUUGCCGGCGGGCAGAUCCCACCCAACGAUCGGCAUGAGGCGCGAACUCUCCUUGUGCGUCGCGCUACCGUACCGGGGUUGACGAUUCUAUGCGGGCACCGGAGGUCCGCUCCGACGGCAGGCGGAUGCCAGAGAGCGGGGCCACUCCACGUUCGCAGCAGUGAACUUGGUUCUUGGGAACUAACGUAAGGCGAUCGGGCCCGCGGAAGUGCAGCCGACGAUGCUUCCU